CGCCGCGCGCGCAGCCAUGCCGGACAGCUGGGACAAGGACGUGUACCCCGAGCCCCCGCGCCGCACGCCGGCGCCCUCGCCGCAGACCUCGCUGCCCAACCCCAUCACCUACCUGACCAAGGCCUUCGACCUCCUCGUGGACCGGCCCGUGACCCUUGUGAGAGAGUUCAUCGAGCAGCAGCAUGCCAAGAACAAGUACUACUACUACCACCGGCAGUUCCGCCGCGUGCCGGACAUCACGGAGUGUGAGGAGAGGGACAUCUUGUGCAUAUUCGAAGCCGAAAUGCAGUGGAGACGAGACUACAAAGUUGACCAAGAGAUCAUGAAUAUCAUUCAGGAAAGGAUGAAGGCCUGUCAGCAGAGGGAGGGUGAGAGCUACAGGCAGAACUGUGCCAAGGAGCUGGAGCAGUUCACCCAGGUGGCCAAAGCCUACCAGGACCGCUAUCACGACCUGGGCGCCCACUACUCUGCCAGGAAAUGCCUGGCGAAACAGAAGCAGAGGAUGCUGGCAGAGAGGAAAGCGGCCAAGGAGGCCGCCGCAGCCUGAGCCGCACCCGGGGCAGCUCAUGAAAUACAGAGCGCGUUGAAGCCGCUGUUCCUGGGGUUGCUGUCAGCCCCACCUGAACGAGUAAAAUAAACCAAGCAGCAACAUGCAUGGGCGUAAUUCACUUUAUUUCCU